AUGUCAACAACAGUAGGAGCUUUCCUUGCUGGCGGCAUUGCUGCGUGUGGAGCUGUGACAGCGACUCAUCCAUUCGAGACUGUGAAGAUUCGCAUGCAACUGCAGGGCGAACUUCAAGAAAAAGGGUUACAACCACGACUAUACAAAGGUCCGGUCCACGGCGUUUCAGUCAUCAUACGGAAUGAAGGGGUUCGGGGCAUCUAUCGCGGAAUCGGCGCGGCGUAUAUCUACCAAAUCAUCCUUAAUGGCUGCAGAUUAGGCUUCUACGAACCUAUACGGCAGACGAUCACAUCUGCGAUCUUCACCGAUAAAGGGACGCAAAGUCUCGCUGUCAAUGUCUUCGCUGGCGCAUCAUCUGGCCUUUUGGGCGCGGCGGGUGGAAGCCCGUUCUUCCUAGUCAAGACAAGAUUGCAGAGCUUUUCGAAGUUUGCUCCGGUGGGGACUCAACAUACGUACAAAAAUGCGGUGGAUGGGAUGAGACAAAUAUACAAGGGGGAGGGGAUUAGUGGGCUCUAUAGAGGUGUUGGGGCAGCUAUGGUUCGAACAGGCUUUGGAAGCUCGGUUCAGCUACCAACAUACUUCUUCGCGAAAAGGAGGUUAGUAAAGCAUCUCGGAAUGGAGGAAGGGCCAGCACUUCAUCUGGCAAGCAGUACUGCAAGUGGCUUCGUGGUGUGCUGCGUGAUGCAUCCACCUGAUACUAUAAUGUCUCGCAUGUAUAAUCAAAACGGCAACCUUUAUGAAGGUGUAUUUGAUUGUCUUGCAAAGACGGUUCGGACUGAGGGAUUCCUUGCUAUCUACAAGGGUUUCUUGCCACAUCUGGCAAGAAUAUUACCCCAUACCAUCUUAACGCUAAGCUUGGCGGAACAGACCAAUAAGCUGAUGCGGAAGCUUGAGGACCGGAUCAUUCCUUCGUCCAUCCAUGAUAAUUUGUAG